CUACAAUCAUGUGAUCAUGACUGUCAGCUGACACGGAAGUUAGACAAAGUACUUGAGCAGCUCUCGCUUGGAAUACACUAUUCCAGUGAUCUCCGCAUGAAAGUAGUUUUUAUGAAUGUCUGUCAAUUGCUUGAAUGCUUUUGCGCCUGUAUCUAACAUGAAUCCUCGCGUGGCUGUGGUUAUCAUUUCGCUUCUUUGUGUGCUCUGCACCGGCGUCGCGCAACACCUGGACUCAGCAGAGGGGCUGUCAGAGGGUCCACGCGCGUCCAUGCAGUUUCAGCAAGAAUCCAACAGCACCAACUCGUCUGAUCUGACUUAUGGAUUCGUAUCCUGCGCCGUGGCCGUAGUCUUUUUCGGGAGCAACUUCGUACCAGUGAAAAAGAUAGAUACUGGUGAUGGUAUGUUUUUCCAGUGGAUUCUAUGUGCUGCUAUAUGGACAGUCUCCUUAGUUGUGAACAUCAUUUUGAGCAGUCCAAAAUUUUGGCCUUUUGUUAUGCUGGGAGGAGCCAUCUGGGCUACUGGUAAUAUAACUGUAGUUCCUAUCGUAAAGACUAUCGGGCUUGGUCUUGGGCUUCUUAUAUGGGCUUCAUUUAAUUUGCUCAUGGGUUGGGCCAGCUCACGGUUUGGCUGGUUUGGUAUUGGUGCUGAGACCGUUUCCAAACCAGUACUGAACUCCUGUGGAGCAGGUCUUUGUUUAAUUAGUGCCAUUGUUUUUUUCUUUGUGAAGACUGAUGUUCAAAGUUCAUCAACAUCUGAAGAAACCCCUUUACUAAUAGACCAUACUGUGAACUCAGAAACUGUGGUGUCAACAGAUGAUUCCUGGGUGGAUGCAUUAAAACCACGCACCAAACGUCUUGUUGGAACGUUUCUUGCUGUCGUCGCUGGAGUGCUGUAUGGGACAUCAUUCGUUCCAGUUCUAUACAUUAAAAAUCAUGCAGAUGAUCCAAAAAGCCAAUACAAUGGGGCUAGCCAAUUUGAUCUGGAUUACGUCUUUGCACAAUAUAGUGGAAUUUUCCUCACUAGUACAGUGUAUUUCCUCCUGUACUGUGCCAUCAAAAAAAACAAACCACAGGUUUUUCCAAAAGCAGUGCUGCCAGGAUUCCUUUCUGGCAUCAUGUGGGGUGUGGCAACAUGCUGCUGGUUCCUGGCCAACCACUAUCUCAGUGCUGUAGUGAGCUUCCCUAUUAUCACCACAGUUCCUGGACUGAUUGCAGCUCUUUGGGGUGUUGUAGUGUUCAAAGAAGUGAAGGGUUGGCGAAAUUACAUUGUCCUCAUCGUUGCUUUCUGUCUUGUUCUAUCUGGGGCAUUAUUGACUGCGUUUUCAAGGGUUUAAACCUUUUAAGACGAGCAAGGAAUGUACAAAGACUUCGGUUUAGUGUUUUAACAUUUAAGUUUUUUUUUUAAUUUAAAAUCAAUGGUUUUAAAUAUUUUGAAUACUGCAAAUGAGAGAUUAUGCGGUUUAUACAGGUUAUGCAGCUACAACAACCUGAACAUACUCAAGAAGAAAUAUUGUCUAUAUUAGGGAGGGAUAUGGUCCUAAUAUACUUGAAAUGUUACAGCAAUAUUAGCACAGAUGUUAUGUUAAUGUUAUUGGGAACAAAUCUAUAUCUCACUAUAUUUUACUUCUAUUUGAAUUAACACACUUUUUAAAAGUCAUGUUUACACUAUUAUGGACCUCAUUUCCCUGUAUGUUUGCACAUGUAAUGGUUGAUUUUUUUUUUUUUAUUAUUAUUAUUAUUGUUAUUAUUGAUGGUUCUAUCUGCACAUGAUAAAAGCAGGCAUUUUUAUUUAUAUAUAUAUAUAUAUAUAUAUAAGCAUAAAGACAAUAGACAAUGAAGCCUAUUUUAAAACAAAUUUUAAAAAGUUGGUCACGUUUUCCAAAUCCUCAAUUUUUUUUUUUUUUUGUCCCCCACAUUAUAGUAAUGACAUUCUACAUUUCUUAAACAUUUGCAAUGAGAUUGCAUUACAACAUUGGGGGGAAAUGUCAAAUGUCACCAAGCUAAAAUCUUCAUGGUCUAAAAAAAAAAAAAAAAAAAAUUAGGCUUUGUUUUCUUAAGUAUGUUAUAGAUUUUUUUUUUCCCCUUUUGAUUUUGUAAUGAAAGAAUGUGAAAUUUUUGUAUGUAAUGUUAUAGGUUUUUACCCAUUUAAUAAUGGUCAGUUGAUUGCUGAUGUGUUUUAUUUUUGCCAAAAAUGUCAAAGGCCUUAGCUUUUAUUAGUUGAGAGAUAUAGAGAUAUAUAUUAUAUAUAUUUUUUACUUUACUAAAAGGGAAAUAAAUAUUCAAAUGGAUUUGUGGGUUGCUGGAAAAUAAUGGAAAAUAAAUAAAUUGUUUAUAUUGAUUACAGCAUGAAUAAAUAAAGCAAUAAAGCACUGAGUAGAAAAAAAAUAUGCAAUAUUCCAGGGAGGCACAGUGCUGGAUUGCCAUGCCAGGAAAACCAAAGAACUUGACAAAAGUCAGAAUAUUUACAAAUUCUGGCUGACAAAACAUGUUUAUUUUAACCUGUACAAAAAGUGUUUUAAUAAAAUAAGAACAAUGUGGGGAAAAAAACA